AAACAAUCGAAAGUGAAGAUUUCCCGAGCAGCACUUGAAGGGAUCACCAGCAGCUGAAGCUCCGGUGGAAACAAACGUGAACAUGAACGAAGGGAAAGCGGGUGUGACUCUGAAAGUGGUCCUCAUUGGAAACUCUGGGGUGGGUAAAUCCUCCUUCAUGAACAGAUAUGUGAAUCACCGCUUCACCAACAUGUACCGGGCCACCAUAGGAACUGACUUCCUCUCUAAGACACUGAACAUAGACGGACACACAGUCACUCUGCAGCUGUGGGACACGGCAGGAACAGAGAGGUUCCAGUCUCUGGGUACACCUCUGUACAGAGGAGCUCACGGCUGCAUGCUGGUCUUUGAUGUCACGUCCAAAGCCAGUUUCUCUGCUCUGGAGCUGUGGAGGAAGGAGUUCCUGCUCCAGGCUGAGCCCCAGGUCCCAGCUGACUUCCCUUUUAUUGUUAUGGGCAACAAGAGUGACCUGGGUGACCGGGAGGUGUCGAGCAGGACAGCUCUGCAGUGGUGUGAGGAAAUCGGAGCCCACUACUUUGAAGGAAGCGCCAAAGAAGAUGUGGGCAUAGAGAAGCCGUUUCUGAGAGCGGCUGAGAUCGGCCUACAACAGUACAAAAAACACACAUUGGAAAAUACAGGACAUUUCCAGAUAACCUGCAAACAGCCGACAGAAACUCGCAACACCUGUGAGUGCUGAGAGCAGCACUCGUCCCCGCAUGGGAGGGAAAGUUCAGAGAGACCUCGGCACUGCUGAUGAUGACCUAUCUAACGAGGGUGCAAAAAUAGUGACCCAGCAAAGGUACUGUGGAAGGAAAGGACACAAUUGUAUACCACAUGGAGAGAGGAACAAACUCAUUAAAUGUUUUUUCUUUUUUUGAGAACCUUCAGCUUAUGGUCUAACUUAAGGCAUCACUACUAAAAUACACUGCUUUUGCAUGCAUGUCUAGUUUUGUUCAACAGACACACUGACACGCACAAAAUCAUGAAUGCAUAUGAAGAGAAAAGUUUUGUCUCUAGAAAGAAAAAUCAGGGAGAAAACCACAACGGAAGCCGAGGCGCGAGCCGGAGAAAAGGCGGCAAGCGGAAAACCUCGGCUCUGAUCAUCGUUCCUGGCCAUUACCAUCACAACUGAAUUCGCCCUUUAAAAAGUAGAUAUACACUCAUGUCCGCUCAGAAACCUCCUCCCUGUACAAGUUUGUACUGUAAUGAACCGAGCAGUGAUUCAGACUCCUACAGUGAAUCAGCCUGACAGAAGCAAAUUAGAACAAUCAGGGAGACUAUAUAUAUUUAUAUAUAUAUAUAUUUGUUUCUUUUAUAAGUAAAGACACAAAAGGCAAUCAAGAGAUGACCAACAUGUAAAAACAGUUUGUUACAGGUAAUUAUAUAAAAGGCCAAGAUGUUUUUUUUCUUUGUUUUAUUCUUGCUCUAUGAACGAACUAAUUUACAAGUGAGUACACUCCGGCUGUGUAAGCUUUCUUCCCAAAGACAUCCCCAUUCAAAGACAUACGGGUUUUACACGUCACAGUUAGCUUGCACACCAUCUGUAGUCUGAAAUACAGAGCCAUGGAAGGAAAAAAAUUAAAAUUUAUUAAAUGGAUUCACAUACAUCAAUAGGAUAGGGAAAAUAGGUCUACUAAUAUAAUUUGCCAUUCUAAAAAUUAAAGAAGAGGUGAGACACCACAUUCAUGAGCAUAAAAAGCGUAGGACAACUGAUUUGGGAGUAUUUAGGGGGAAAGGUAUGAAAAGAUCUGGUGUUAUUCUGUCCACAUACCCCCCCCCCGCGAAGAUUCCAUGUUUGGCAAACAGAGCAACACAAGCAUUGAGUAGUAAACAAAAGUAAAAACUCUCCUCUCCCUGGGUCCACUUCAAAGUUCCCUUCAGUCCUGUAACCUCUUCGGUUCUACUUGGAACAAAUACAAAAGUCUUUCUCUCUUUCGCCACAAUCUGAACAACAGGAACAUACGACCAACUGAAUGAAGAUGUUUUCUUUAAAAAUAUAGUGGCAACCUCAACACAGCCACCAAUCUUCCCACAAACACAAACUAUGGGGAUGAACAGUUAAAAAAAGUGAUGCUUUUAAAAAUGCACACAACAUACACAUACACACAGGAGAAAAAAAGCUUAAAAAAUACAAAAAUAAACUACACAAAAGAUCUGCGUCAUUGCUUGCUAAUUUUUUGGGAAGAUUUUUGCAAGUUUUUUUUUCUGUGUGUGCUGCUCAAGUCUCAAUUCUAGCAAAGUCUGUCAAGUCGUUCAUUCUCCACAAAUCUCUUCCUUUGUUGUUCUUUUCUUUGUCCACUUCAAAGUGUCGGCCACCAGUCCUCAUGUCGGGGGGAAAAAAGCGCACAGUGAUGACAAUACCAGGAGACUGGAGUCCAGUACAAUGACUAUACAGACUUGGCUCUUGAUGAUGCAAAUUUGUUUUGAGCAAAAAAGAAAGGAAAAAGUGAUGUCCUCUGUCGUCGAGGACAAGUGCUUUAUUUGUUUCCAUACCGAUUUUUCCUCUCAUCUAAUCUAAUGCCUCCACAGCCUUUUUUUUCCAACACUGUACAUCAUUUCAUGUAGUCUCUCUCUACAUCCCCCCAGGAUUCACAAAACAAAGACAAAAAAAAAA